AUGACUGUUUGGCUGUCACUACAUGGUGCUGGAGCUGUCAAGCCUGCGGAAAGCUCAUUUAAGAUCACACCUGGCGAAAUUGGUUCAGUCUUAAGACCAACAGACGCUAACGCACUCAUCGGUUCCAUCAGUUUCUCAAAAGAAUUUGAGUCACCUCCAAUCGUAAUGUUGAGUUUGACAGGCGUGGAUACUGGGAAUGAGGCCAAUUCUAGAGUCCAGGUCUAUGCCUCGGAGGUAACCUCGAAAGGGUUUACUGUUCAUGCGGACUCAUGGGGAAACACUAAACUAUACUCAUGUGGAGCGUCAUGGAUUGCAUUAGGACCCUGA